AUGGAGUCUUCGGUUCUGAAAUUGAUCUUAAUCUUAAGUGCAAUAUCUGUUUGUUACUGUAGCUCAUCCAUGCAACCUUCAACCGCGAGGCUGGAAGGAAAUGAGAUGGAUAGGGUGGGAUUGCUAGCCAUCAAAGCUAAUAUACAACAUGAUCCGAACCAGGUCACGAGCACCUGGAACGACUCCAUUCACUUUUGUUAUUGGCAUGGUGUCACCUGCAGUCCAAGGCAUCAGCAGAGGGUCACAAAGCUGGACCUCAGCUCUCAAAGCUUGGCCGGCUCCAUUUCCCCACAUGUAGGAAAUCUAAGCUUCCUCAGUGUUCUUCGCCUCUAUAACAAUAGCUUCUCUCGUGAAAUUCCUCUAGAAAUGGGGAAUUUGCGUAGGUUGCAGGAGAGAUCCCUCCUUCCUUGGGGAACCUUACGUCUCUCCAGGCAUUUGCUCUUUCUUAAUUACAAUAACUUGGUGGGAAGCAUCCCCACGUCUCUAGACGCAUUGAACAAAUUAACAUUUUUCUCAGUUGCCUUGAAUAAUUUGUCUGGUACCAUUCCUCCCUCCAUCUUCAACAUGUCUACUCUUCUAACUUUUUUCUCCAUAGGACAAAACCAAAUUCAAGGGAGUCUUCCCACAAAUUUGGGGAAAUCUUUUCCUCGCCUCCAAUUCUUUCGCAUUACCCUGAUUCUAUUUACCGGAUAUAUUCCUCAUUCAAUAUCCAAUGCCAAAGAUCUUUGGACAUUCCAAGUCCAAGGUAACAGACUAACCGGACAGGUGCCGGACUUGCAAAAACUUCAUAACCUCGGGAGGUUCAAUAUUGAAGCCAAUCAACUUGGAAUGAGUAAAUAUGGUGACUUGAGUUUUCUCUCCGGCUUAAGCAAUGCCACAAUGUUAGAAUCAUUGAUUUUAAGUGAUAACAAUUUUGGAGGGACGUUGCCCACAUCGAUAUCCAAUCUCACAACCAAGCUUAAGGAGCUUCAGAUUGAAGGAAACCAACUACGUACAUGGAAGCAUCCCAGCUGA